AUGGAAGAACUCAUCAUCCCCUUGAACGCCACUCCUAAGGUCCAAAGCAGCAUCCGCAAGUUUGAGAACCUCUCCCUUGCCGAAUCUUCGUCAUCAAGGCCGACGGAUAGAAAACCCAAAGUGUCCGUGAUCGAUGAGGACUCCUCCAGUGAAGCCCAAAGCGAGCCCUUCACUCUCCGACCGUCGGUAGAUUCCUCUCAGAGCUCGAUUUCAGCGCAGUCAAAUAUCAGAAAGCAUAAACGCCAUGACUCAACUGCAUUCAUCCAGAAGUCCUAUCUAGACAGGAGCACUUCGGAAUCCCUCCCCAACGAUGCACGUGAAAUUCUGAAAAGUCAGCCUGAUCGAGAAGACCUCGCAGCAGUCCUGCAAUACCUCCAGUAUGGUAUUGAUGGCAGGCACGACUUCAAUGUGCGCCUUCCUGGUCCGAAAGCCUCACAGAUCGUCAAUGUUUUAGUUACGGUUACCGUCCCAGACCAGUGGCCGCACCUGCGCCGCUCCGACCUGGGACGGGCCGAUACUCAGCUCAGAAACUCCCUGUUAUCGUGUUUGACCAGUGUUGCCGGCGUGGGUGGCCUGCUCAUGCAAAUCAGACGGCUCUUUUCAACCACUCCAAACCAUAAGAGUCCUAUGCUCGAAAAUCUCAUCUCCGUGCUCUCAUGUCUCCUUUCGGGAAACAGCGUACUGCGGGGUUUUCUGUAUGACACGAUAAAGUUGUUCAAAACCGAAACUCAGCGCCGGGUGUUCUGGCAAGAGGUAACCUCUCUUCUAGCCGGCAGCAAAGUGCUUACCACGAUGGCACAUGUGCUUACCACUCUUCUCAAAACUGGGGACCAAUAUGAGGGAUAUGCCUGGCUUGGGGAUGGGCGGCAGUAUUCUCAGUGGCUUGCCCGAAAUAUUUCAGCUGCUGCCAUCGACCUACAUGGGUCUCCCAACAGAGACGCUCAAGAGAUGAGCAUGCUCUGCCAAGUACUCAAACGCGGCCUCAGUCUUGGUUAUCGCGAUGCUCUCGUGAUCGAGCUUUAUACCUCACUUCUCCUUGGAAAGCGAGCACUCUGGACGACCCUGCACAACUUGUUGCAGCCCCUGCCGGCAUCUGUUCAGAUGGGCCUUUUCGAUUCCAUCCUCCGUGAUUUGGCGCGGAGAUUCCUGCCAGACAGCAUUGGACCUCUGACAGCCCGGGACCUGCACAUCAACUCUUCUACAAUCGCUGGGGUAGCAGCCAUGAUCAGGGGUCUAGUGCAGGCCAAUAGUGUUCUGGAAGCACAUGUCACUCACUGGCUGACCAGCACUAAUGGAGAGUAUGCCGACCUUGGACUUGACAUUAGAAGAGCGGUGAUUGCAAAUCUAGCCACAAAUCAAGACACGCUGCGAGAAAUUCUGGAGAAAAGCUUGGAGCGUUUUGGCAGUAAGCUUCAUGUUCAGCAUGAUCCGAUUGUGCAGCAAGAGUCCAUCGCCCAGACGAUACUACUCAUUAUUGGCUAUAUCGACCGGUUGAAUCACCAGGCAGUUAAACAAGUCUCUGGCUCGGGCACAUUCAUACGUAUGGUAUCCACCCGCCUUUCCGCGUCGGUACCCCGUGCUCGGUUCUUGGGUAUGAUAGUGGCUGUGGCAGUUUCUAAGUUGGUGGACAAGCCUCAGAACGUCAUGAACUUUGGAGUGGAGGAAUUAGAAGGAGAAGAAGCGCAGCGAUUGCUGGGUCUUGUCCACAUUCAGGACAGAAUUGGGACAUUGGACGAUUUACCGAAGACCGAACCCCAACGGGAAAAGAUUCAUCAUAUCAUCAAGAGGACCAAUCCCACCCAUCCAAAACGAGUACCAGUUUCCGCUCAGCCUCAUAGUUCGAAGAUCAUUGCUAUUGAGGAAGUGUCGGAAUCUGAAGAUGCGACCUCGGAUGAAGAAGAAGCCGGUCUUCGACCCUAUGCAGCCCCAGACAGCGAUCCCUCAGACUCGGAGGAAGAUCCGACUCUCAUCAACCGUAACAAGCCCGCUGCUCCAGUCUAUAUCACGUCGCUGAUAAAGCAGCUCAAUGUCACCGACGAUCCAUCUACGGUGGAGCUAGCUCUGAAAACUGCUCCAGCGCUGAUCCGCCGAAAAGCUGAUUUCGGCGAUGAAGUAUCUUCCAAUCUUCUGCAGCUUGCCUCAACUCUUCUCAACCUCCAGGAAGGCAUGUCGAAGCAAGAAAUGUACCAAUUGAGGCUUGAAUCUCUGAUAGCUUGUUUGAUUGCCAAACCUGCCGUGAUGGGCCCGUGGCUCGCAGGGAUGUACUUCGAAGGAGACUUGGCAAUUUCCCAGCGCGCGUCACUGUUAACGGCAAUUGGUCUCGGCGCCAGAGAGCUCGCAGGGUUCGACGACGAUAACGAGCAACAGCAGUCACUUCAAAAGCCGGAAGACGCAUCGUUCCCUUCUAAAAGGCUUCCCUCGCAUCUUGAAGGGACCUAUGCCAAAUCAUCAAUAGAUGAGCUGUCAAACACUUUGUCCUAUCGCACCCUGCAACCGAUGGCCCUCGAAGCAGCGGACAAGCUUACAGGACCUAACGUCUUGAAAGUCCGGACCUUUUCAUCGCGCAUGGCUGUUGCAGCAAAACAAGCAGCCAAAGCCGAAGCUCGCUCGAAACGCAUCCCAAAAGACCUUCACAAACUGCUGUGCGAGGGCAUGUGCCUACCUCUCUGCUCGCGGAUGACAUUGCUGCUCUCUUCACUUUCCACUACACCGUAUCUCUCCAAUUCGGCGCUGUUGCAGCCCUCUCUGCUUAAGCUAGCGCUGCAGACUCUGAUCGUCCUGGUCUCGACAAUAGGCCCCAACGCACUUCAAUUGCCAACACUGACGCACGAGUCUCUGCUACUCCUGACAGAGCUUCACACCAUUCCGUCAUUAGCGCAUGACCCGAUUAUCUUGCCGCCAGCACUUCACCUACUGCUCACACUCUUGGACUUGAACGUCGAAGCCGGCCCCACAGCCGAAGAGCGCCUCGUAACCGAUUCUGGGUCAAUGGUGGCCGAGCUUGUUUCCUGGGCUUCGGGGCUGGGGAACCGUGAAUCGAUCACAGAAGUCGAUGCUGAUCCCGGGCUUGGGAUGGCUAUGCCCUGGCCAGUGCUGGUGGCAGGGAUACAAGUCAAAUGGCAGGAGAUAGGAAGGAAGUUUCAAGGGCACAUGCUGGGUUUGAUGGCCAGUACUGACUUUGACACUUUCUAG